CUCUCAAUGCAGAGGACACUGGCAGCAGCACUGGACACUGACUGCUUCACUCUGCAUAUUAACAGCACUGCACCCCUGUGCCAGGGCACUUCCUGCACUUGCAUUGCACACUGUCAGCACUGGGCACAGCACUUUUGCUGCACAGCACCUCGCCCUGGCACCUCUUGGCACAGCAUGAAGGUGCAGAGUCCUUUGCUCUGUGACCUGAAGCGGUUGUGUAGUGUCUGAGAUCGCACAGCUUCACCCCCCCCCCCCCCUUUUCCACCAGGACUCUGGACAACUCCAUUCAUCUGGACCCAGCACUCAGGGACUGGCAGCGAAACCUGAUUCUCUGCUGAUUCUGAGCUCAUGGAUAGGAGGUGGCGGCACUGGCAGUGAUAUGACAGAGGAGCAGUGAGUACCAGCCACUGAGGAAAAAAAAGGAAAAAAAAGAAGGAUGGCAUCUCAUGGGAGGCCAAGGAAGGACAGGACUGCAGACUACGAAAGUCAGUUUAAAGAAAUCCGCAGCCAGCUGAUUGAGCAGGGAAAAUGCAUCGACUCUCAGGUGGAGCACAGACAGCAGCUGCUGCAAGAACUGAGCGAAUUCCUGCGCAGGAAAGCGGAGAUCAACCUGGAAUAUUCCCGCAGCCUUGAAAAGCUGUGUGACCGCUUCUCAGCCAAAAUCCGCAACUCAAAGGAACACCACAGGAAGGAUCAGCCUCUUCUCCCGGUCAACUGCUUGUACAUGAUCCUAAACCACACACGCCAAGAAAGCCGGGACUAUGCCGCCAUCAGUGACGUGUACAGCUCCCAUCUUAUUCCACGUCUCGCGCAUACAGGGGAGGAUCUCGUCCGCCUCACGAAAAAGAGUAAAGACAUUGGCGCGCAGCAGCAGGAGGAUCUGAUGAAGCUGGUGUCUGAGUUGCAAGGGGCCAUGAAGACGUACCAGCUGUAUCACAAUGACUGUCUAAACUCUGAGCACAAGCUACGGGAGGCAGAGAAGCAGGACGAAAAGCGCACAGGCAAAGUAAGCGAGCAGACAGCAAGCUCCCCGGUGGCCGAGAGGGGGCCAAGACGUAGCUCACUGAAGAAGAGCGAGAGGCUGGUCGAGAAAAGGUUGAAAAAGUAUCUUGAGAACAGUCAAAAAUGCACAAAGGCCCGAAACGAAUAUCUCAUCAACUUGAACACGGUGAACAACAACCUCAAUAACUACUAUAUCAAUGACGUCAGUGACCUCAUCGAUUGCUGUGAUCUUGGCUUUCACCUGUCUCUCGGGAAGACGUUGCGAGUGUUCCUGCAGGCUGAGGAACGGGUCCAGGCCUCUCGACAGCAAGGUCUCCAGGCCAUUGAAGGAGCAGUUGAUAACUUGGAUGCACAGGCCGACAAAAACAAGAUGAUGGAGAUGCGAAGUGAUGCCUUCUGUCCUCCAGCACGAUUUGAAUUUCAGCCCCAUGAGGGCGAUGAGGUAUUGGAGGUCAGAUCUGAGCCACUUUUUCACCAGGAGCUUAUUACCAGAUUUCAGCAUAUUCAGUCCAGGAUGGAAAGGGAGCACAUAGAAACUGAAGAGGUGAACAAGACGCUUAAAGCUACUCUCCAGUCCCUAUUAGACCUCAUUGGAGCUGAUGACUUUGACUUGUCUGAUGCAUUUCAGUCCAGCCAGUCCACUGAAUCCUUAAAAUCUACAGGAUCAGACACCGGCAGUAAGACGGGCACAGCCAAGAGACGGGCCAACCAGCAGGACACGGAGACCUUCUAUGUUACAAAAUUACAGAACUAUCUGGCAGGGAGAAGCACUAUAUGUAAAUUACAAGCAAAGCGAGACCGGCUGAAGGAAGCCAUAGACAAAGCUGCUGAGUCACACAGUAACAUCUCUGGGCUGCAGUCGAACACCAGUAAGUCUCAAAGGUCGAGAAGGCAGAGACCGUCCUCCCAGUAUAACCACAAACUGUUUAACGGGGAUUUGGAGGAAUUUGUGCAGAGUUCAGGAGAAGCCAUACCACGUGUAGUGUCCAGCUGUAUCCGCUUCAUAAACCUGCACGGUCUACAGCAUGAGGGUAUAUUCCGUGUUCCGGGCUCACAGGGCCAGGUGAAUGAGAUCCGCAGUGCCUUUGAAAGAGGUGAGGACCCAUUGGACUCCAACUACACAGUGAAUGAUGUGGACUCUGUGGCUGGGGUCCUGAAGCUUUACUUCCGAGGACUGGAGAAGCCACUAUUUCCAAAUAACAUGUUUCAUGAAUUGCUGUCCUCUCUACAACUGGAGAUCCAUGAUAGAGUUCCACACUUGAAGAAGUUGGUGUCACAGCUCCCCCCUACUGUCUCCCUUGUCCUAAGAUACCUCUUUGCCUUCUUAAACCAUUUGUCCCAGUACAGUGAUGAGAAUAUGAUGGAUCCAUAUAACUUGGCCGUGUGUUUUGGUCCAACAUUGGUUUCCAUCCCUGAUGGCCAGGACCCAGUGUCUGUUCAGGCUCAUGUCAAUGAGGUUGUGAAGACCAUUAUCAUUUACCAAGAACGGAUAUUCCCAGGGCCAACGGAAUUGGAGGGUCCUGUGUAUGAGAAGUGCAUGACAGUGGAGGAGGAUGAAGAAUACUGUGAUACUCUAGCCCUGGAGGCUACCAUUGAAGAAAGUGAUCAGGAAGGACAGCAGGAAAUGGCGAUCAGUGAGGAUGAACUGGACACAAUUGAGGCUUUGGCAAAGUUUGACUACUCAGCUCGAACCCCACAGGAGCUCUCAUUCAAAAAGGGAGAUUCAAUCGUUCUGCACAGCAAGAUGUCUGGCGAAUGGUGGAGAGGGGAGUUGGCAGGGGUGCGGGGUCUCGUACCACACAAGUAUAUCAACAUUCCCGAAGGAUCGGAGAAAAAACUGGAACAACGUGCCCUCAAGAAGGAAGGAGAGGCCAGCACUGCUGUGACCCCUGAGGAUAUUUUGGUUGAACCUAGCAGGUUACGAGUUAAUUCAGACAGCGCAUGCUCCCCCAGAAAGCGCAGUGAGGGAAGCCCUAUCCGAAAAAUCAACCCAUUCAUGGAGGCUCAAAGAAUACCUUUCCCUAUGGCUCAUCCUGGUCCAAGGUUGCUAGGUCACAUUGAAAGAAUACCAGGAGAGAGAAGGAACCACAUGGAUGGCACACCUAAGGGCCCAUCGGCACUGAAAUCCUGGCAGAGUGAACGUCCAACCAUAGAAGUAGAUAAGGACGUGACGAAAAACAUGGACAGUGUUUUCAGAGAGCUGCUGGGUAAAGCAGCGCAGAGACAAGGUGUCCUGGAGGAAGUAAGUGAACCCACCAAAGCAGGGAAGCCGCGGGAGACUAAAUCUAAUGCACCGAGUGCAUGCGAGCCGCUACGCGGAAGCCCAGCGGGCAAAAAGGGACCUCAAGGAAGGAACGUGUUUCGAAGAUGAAUUUUUUUUUUUAAAGAUUCGGGGAUCAAGAAGGAGAAAGUAGAAUCCAUUCAUUUCCACAAGCCUCAUUCAGCCUGGGCGCAGAUCGGUAUUGGAGUCCUGGACAAUAGAGGAGUGAAGGACGUGUGUUCGUCAUUAACCCUACAAGCUCCCCUGCGUUUGUUUCCGUGUAUUGGUCUAUGUUACUGCCAUGAACAAAAGCACAGUCGUGUGAAGCUAAAUGGAGCUUCUCGUCUCCUCCCGUCCCAAAAAGAACCAGCAUGGGCCACCGUCCAAUCUAUUGGGAAGCACCGGGGAUAGAAGUACCUACCGUACAUAUAUAGACUGUGUUGGCUGCUGAAAGCAGCGCUGACCCCUAUCCAAGUCCACAGCCUCCAUUUUUAUCCUACUGGCAUUUAGGUCUCCUGGCAUCCAGACCAGGCUCCUAACUAGCAGAACGAUACCAGCAAGGUGGCACAAGCACAGUCCAUAACACCACUAAAGAGCCCUGAUCUUUUCUAGUGACCCUACAGUCAGCCAGCAUUAAUUUCAUAGGUGACCUAUAGGAACGAACUGGACGCCUUUUCAGUUACUUGCCGGACGAUGAGAGUCCGUAGACUUUUUCGGUACUUACCGGGCAGCUUUCAUGUUACUCGGAGACCGAGGAGCCAUUGACGCACAGUAGGGGUUUAGUUGCUUGAAGGAAACGGCACAGUGUGUAGCACAGGCGCUGACGAAUACGACAUGUAGGCGAUGCAGAUACGUGUCACUAGGUGGCGCCGGCUGCACUAUUUUACGUUCUCUUCCUGACGUUCCGUUGAGUGCAAUAUGUUCCGUAAUACCUUAAAGAUGCAUGUAUGACCUCGAUGACUGCAAAUAUCCAACUGCUUAGAAGCACAUUGUCUGUCCGUAUCUAUAAGAGGCUAAUAAUGCCAUCUUCUUGUACCCAAUGAAAGGGCUUAUUGAAAAUGAAGGCACUCUUU